AUGUCUGAUACUGAGUCCCCUGAGGAUACACCUGCUGUUGUGAUUGAUAACGGCAGCGGCCUUUGCAAGGCGGGUUUCGCAGGUGAUGACGCCCCUCGUGCCAUCUUCCCAUCCAUCGUUGGCAGACCUAAGAUGCCUGGUAUCAUGGUCGGAAUGGACCAGAGGGAAUGGUAUGUUGGUGACGAGGCUCAGUCCAAGAGAGGAGUUCUAACUCUGAAGUAUCCUAUCGAGCAUGGAAUUGUCACUAACUGGGACGACAUGGAGAAAAUAUGGCAUCAUACCUUCUACAACGAGCUCCGAGUUCAACCUGAGGAUCACCCAGUGCUCCUCACAGAGGCGCCCCUGAAUCCUAAGGCUAACAGGGAGCGUAUGGUACAGAUCAUGUUCGAGGUCUUCAACGUCCCUGGUGUCCACGUCCAGAUCCAAGCAGUCUUGUCUCUGUACGCCUCUGGCCGAACCACUGGUAUCGUCCUCGAUUCUGGUGAUGGAGUCACUCACACGGUGCCUAUAUACGAGGGUUAUGCUAUGCCUCAUGCUAUCAAAAGGAUGGACUUGGCCGGUAGGGACUUGACCGAGUACAUGAUGACCAUCCUCACUGGUCGUGGCUACACCUUCACCACUUCAGCCGAGCGGGAGAUUGUUCGCGAUAUCAAGGAGAAGCUGUGCUAUGUGGCGCUUGACUACGACGAGGAGAUGAAGUCAGCUAGCAACAGUAGUGAGCUCGAGAAGACCUAUGAGUUGCCUGAUGGUAACAUAAUCACCCUCGGCAACGAGCGCUUCCGAUGCCCAGAGGUCCUCUUCCAACCUGACUUGAUGGGUAAGGAGGCUUGCGGUAUUCACGAGACGUUAUUCAACUCCAUCAUGAAGUGCGACUUGGAUAUUCGUAAGGAUCUUUACGCCAAUGUGGUCCUCUCUGGUGGUACUACUAUGUUUAGUGGCAUCCGUGAGAGGAUGGGCAAGGAGUUGACAGCUCUUGCUCCUUCUACUAUGAAGAUCAAGGUUGUGGCUCCUCCUGAACGGAAGUAUUCAGUGUGGAUCGGAGGCUCCACAUUAGCGUCUUUAUCGACCUUCCAACAGAUGUGGAUAUCCAAGGAAGAGUAUGAUGAGGUUGGACCAACUAUCGUCCAUAGGAAAUGCUUCUAAGUAGAAGACCAUUGAUUAUCACUGUGCUUCUUCUUACUGGAUUGCUAUCGCUUGUGAGGCUUUUAUACACUCGAA